AUCUUCUAUUGUUUCUCUCCAACAGCCAAGCCCAACAACUCUGAGCAAGCCCCCUCAAGCCCUACUCGUAAAACAAGUCUGUCCUCAAGUAAAUGUGAUCCCAAGCACAAGGAUUGUCUGCUUCGGGAGUUUCGGAAGUUGUGUGCCAUGGUGGCUGAUAAUCCUAGCUACAACACAAAGACCCAGAUCAUCCAGGACUUCUUGCAGAAAGGCUCAACAGGAGAUGGCUUCCACGGUGAUGUGUACCUAACAGUGAAGCUGCUGCUGCCUGGUGUCAUUAAGAGUGUUUACAACUUGAAUGAUAAGCAGAUUGUGAAGCUUUUCAGCCGAAUUUUUAACUGCAAUCCUGAUGAUAUGGCACGGGACCUAGAGCAGGGUGACGUGUCAGAGACAAUCAGAGUCUUCUUUGAGCAGAGCAAGUCUUUUCCCCCAGCUGCCAAGAGCCUCCUCACCAUCCAGGAAGUGGAUGAAUUCCUCCUGCAGCUCUCCAAGCUCACCAAGGAGGAUGAGCAGCAGCAGGCCCUACAGGACAUUGCCUCCAGAUGUACAGCCAAUGAUCUUAAGUGCAUCAUCAGGUUGAUCAAACAUGAUCUGAAGAUGAACUCUGGUGCAAAACAUGUGUUAGAUGCCCUUGACCCCAAUGCCUACGAAGCUUUCAAAGCAUCACGCAACCUGCAAGAUGUGGUGGAGCGGGUCCUUCGAAAUGAGCAGGAGGUGGAGAAGGAGCCAGGCCAGAGACGGGCUCUGAGCGUCCAGGCCUCUCUGAUGACGCCUGUGCAGCCCAUGCUGGCUGAGGCCUGCAAGUCCAUCGAGUAUGCAAUGAAGAAGUGUCCCAAUGGCAUGUUCUCUGAGAUCAAGUAUGAUGGUGAGCGCGUCCAGGUGCAUAAGAACGGGGACAACUUCAACUACUUCAGCCGCAGUCUCAAACCUGUCCUGCCUCACAAGGUGGCCCACUUUAAGGACUACAUCCCCCAGGCUUUUCCUGGGGGCCACAGCAUGAUCUUGGAUUCUGAGGUGCUCCUGAUUGACAACAAAACAGGCAAACCCCUACCUUUUGGGUCUCUGGGGGUACAUAAGAAAGCUGCUUUCCAAGAUGCUAAUGUCUGCCUGUUUGUUUUUGAUUGUAUCUACUUUAAUGAUGUAAGCCUGAUGGACAGGCCUCUGUGUGAGCGGCGGAAGUUUCUUCAUGAUAAUAUGGUAGAAAUUCCCAACCGAAUCAUGUUCUCAGAAAUGAAGCAAGUCACAAAAGCCUCAGACUUGGCUGACAUGAUUAACCGUGUGAUCCGGGAGGGGCUGGAAGGGCUGGUGCUGAAGGAUGUGAAGGGUACAUAUGAGCCUGGGAAGCGGCACUGGCUGAAAGUGAAGAAAGACUAUUUGAAUGAGGGGGCCAUGGCUGACACAGCUGACCUGGUGGUUCUUGGGGCUUUCUACGGGCAGGGGAGCAAAGGUGGCAUGAUGUCCAUCUUCCUGAUGGGCUGCUAUGACCCUAGCAGCCAGAAGUGGUGCACUGUCACCAAGUGUGCAGGAGGCCAUGAUGAUGCCACACUUGUCCGCCUGCAGAAGGAGCUGGAUAUGGUGAAGAUCAGCAAGGAUCCCAGCAAAAUACCCAGCUGGCUGAAGGUCAACAAAAUCUACUAUCCUGACUUCAUUGUUCCAGACCCUAAGAAAGCUGCUGUGUGGGAGAUCACAGGGGCAGAAUUCUCCAAAUCUGAGGCUCACACAGCAGAUGGAAUCUCCAUCCGAUUCCCUCGCUGCACCAGAAUCCGGGAUGACAAAGACUGGAAAUCUGCCACUAACCUCCCCCAACUCAAGGAACUAUACCAGCUGUCCAAGGAGAAGGCAGACUUCACUGUAGUGGCCGGAGAUGAGGGGAGCUCCACUACAGGAGGCAGCAGUGGCGAGAAUGAGGGUACCUCCAGGUCUGCUGCAUCCCACAAGGCUUCCAAAGCUUCCCCCAAUAAGCCCUCUGCCAGUGCCAAGAAGGCUGAAGGGAAGCUGAGUAACCCCAACAGCAAAGGCGGCAACAAGUCCACUACAAAGCCUUCCUCUGUGAAAUCAAGAGAGAAGCCAGCUAUGAAGUCUUCUCCAGUGAAAGUGGGGUUGAAGAGAAAAGCUGCUGAUGAAACCCCGUGCCAAACCAAGGUGCUGCUGGAUGUCUUCACUGGGGUGCGGCUGUACUUGCCACCCUCCACACCAGACUUCAGCCGACUCAGACGCUACUUUGUGGCAUUUGAUGGGGACCUGGUACAGGAAUUUGACAUGGCCUCAGCCACACAUGUGCUGGGUAGCAGGGACAAGAACUCUGGGGCCCAGUUGGUCUCCCCAGAGUGGAUUUGGGCAUGUAUCCGGAAAAGGAGGCUGGUAGCUCCCUGCUAGGACUACAUCCAUCCCUCUCCCUUGGGCCCUUCUCCCAUCCACUCCACGUCACAAGGCUGGAGGCAGGUAGACAAGGAACAGAGGAGGGGUGGGCCUUAUCUUCCAAGCAGCAUGUCUUCCAAACCCCAUCAGCAAUUCAUGACCUCUUGUGGACCAGAAAUUCAUUGCUAUGGGUACCACAAGUGAAGUCAGCUGCUCUUGUUGGUUUAAAUCUUUCAGAUCUGGGUGCUGGCUUUGUCAUCUUUUGUUUAAACACCUUAGUU